CGGACGGGCACGGCCAGGCCUUUGCUUCCCUUGUCUUGCUUGCCUACCUUCUUCCUCCCCUACUACUACUACAACUAGUUCUCUCGUGGAAUCCCCUGCCCUUUUUUCCUUUCCUCUCCUCUCUCUCUCUCUCUCUCUCCUCCGUCUCGGCGUCGUCUUCAUCUCCAUCUCCGCCUUCCCCCUCGCCACGCCACGCCACGCCGCAUUCGCAUCUCCGGAUCCCCAUUCCCCGCCGCCGCCGCCGCCGCCUCACGCGCUCGCGACCCACCCGGCCUCCCGCUUCGAUCUCGCCUCGAUUCCCCGUGCCCGCCCCCCCCCACCCGAUUCGUCCCUGUCACGCGCGCGCGCGCGGGUGGGAAGACAGCGAUGGCUCGGGGCCGGGGCCUCUCGCCUCGCCGCGGGUGACCUCUCCUCACGCGGGGAGCCCUCCCGCGUGCCCCACGCGGAGGAUCCCGUCGCGGCUGGUGCCCCACUUCCUCCUCUCCUGACGCCCUCUUCCCGCUUCUCCUCCUCCUCCGCCAUGUUCUCGCACGGCGCUGAUUCCGCCCACGACGCCGGGGCCGUCGGCGUCAGCACCGGCGGGGCCACCGUCCCCACCCGCUUCGUUUGGCCCUACGGUGGGAAGAGGGUCUUCGUCUCAGGCUCCUUUACCAGGUGGUCGGAACAUUUGCCGAUGUCUCCUGUCGAAGGCUGCCCCACUGUAUUUCAGGCUAUUUGCAGCCUGUCUCCAGGGAUUCACGAGUACAAGUUCUUUGUGGAUGGGGAGUGGCGGCAUGAUGAGCGCCAACCUACUAUAUCUGGGGAGUUUGGAAUAGUUAACACAUUAUACUUGACAAGGGAAUUUAACCAACUAAACGCCUUAUUAAGUCCAAGCACACCUGGAAGCAGGAUGAACAUGGAUGUGGAUAAUGAAAAUUUUCAACGUACGGUUACGUUGUCGGAUGGUACCGUUCCGGAAGGUACUCCGAGAGUUUCAGAGGCUGCAAUACAAAUCUCUAGGUGCCGCGUUUCUGAAUAUCUGAAUUUGCAUACAUGCUAUGAUUUACUCCCGGAUUCGGGCAAGGUUAUUGCUCUGGACAUUAAUUUACCUGUGAAGCAAUCUUUUCAUAUUCUGCAUGAACAGGGGAUUCCUGUAGCUCCUCUCUGGGACUCAUUUAGAGGUCAAUUUGUUGGUCUUCUGAGCCCAUUGGAUUUCAUACUUAUAUUGCGGGAGCUAGAAACUCAUGGCUCGAACUUGACAGAAGAGCAGCUUGAAACACAUACGAUAUCUGCAUGGAAAGAGGCUAAGCGGCAAACUUAUGGAAGAAAUGAUGGUCAAUGGCGACCACAUCAGCAUCUAGUGCAUGCUACCCCUUAUGAGUCUUUGAGGGACAUUGCAGUAAAACUUUUGCAAAAUGGCAUUUCUACAGUGCCAGUUAUUUAUUCAUCAUCAUCGGAUGGAUCAUUCCCGCAGUUGUUGCAUCUUGCAUCCCUCUCUGGAAUUUUGAAAUGUAUUUGUAGAUAUUUCAAAAACUCGACUUGUAAUUUGCCUAUUCUGAACCAACCAGUGUGCUCCAUUCCACUGGGUUCCUGGGUUCCGAAAAUUGGUGAUCCUAACAGUCGUCCAUUGGCUAUGUUGCGACCUAAUGCAUCACUUAGCUCUGCCCUUAACAUGUUGGUUCAAGCUGGAGUGAGCUCAGUACCAAUUGUAGAUGAAAAUGACGCCCUGCUUGACACUUAUUCUAGAAGUGACAUCACAGCCCUAGCAAAAGACAAGGUCUACACACAUGUUCGGCUGGAUGAGAUGACCAUUCAUCAGGCUUUGCAGCUUGGACAAGAUGCCAAUACACCUUUUGGAUUUUUUAACGGUCAGAGAUGCCAGAUGUGCCUCCGAUCUGAUCCUUUGCUAAAGGUGAUGGAGCGACUGGCUAAUCCUGGGGUGAGGCGGGUGUUCAUUGUGGAAGCUGGGAGCAAACGAGUGGAGGGCAUUAUAUCACUGAGUGAUAUUUUCAAGUUCUUGCUGAGCUUGUGAGAAGAGAGAAGAGGAGCAUGGACAUUUGUUUGUGACAAAGUGACUGGAGGGAGUUUUAACAGUAGCAAACAGCAGUGUAUGUGAAGCAAGCCGCCAUGCUAACUCUGGCACUCUCCCUCUCUUUGGCCUUUGGGCAAGUAAGACAGGAUUGAAGGUGGCGGGCUUGUCUUUGCGGAUAAUGGCUGUCCGGGUUCAUGGUCUGUAAAGUUCCUUUUUUUUUUGGUUUCAAGUUUUAACCAUUUUGUGCCUCCCGUUGUUACCAAAAUAUCUGGUGAUUUUUAUUUAUUGGAUUGUUUCCUUGCGUUGCUUUGUCGCUGAGAGGACCGACCGCCGGAGCUCCCAAGGAGACAAACUCUUACAUGCAUUCUAGUUUUUAGGGAUUGAACAUGGCAUUGCUUUCGCGGGGGCAUUUACCAUGUAGUGCUGGUGUCCAUUAAAAGAUAGACCGUUUGUGUUUGUU